AUGGGUCUCGACUACGAAGCCGUCGGCCUUGGAAACACUCCUUUGUCCAUUAUUCAAAAGGAGAAAUGCAUGAUUCCACAUGCAGAUUCUCCUCCUAUGCUUCACUUCGCCGUGAUCGUCGAGCGUGGCGAAGAUGGGAAAGUGAGGCUUCGGAUUCGCCGUGCAGGAACACGAUGCAUGCUUGAACCGACCAACACGGUAGGUUCAGGUCGAUCUUUGCCCUGGGAUAUUCUGGAUCCAUUGUCUUCCGAGUCAAACGUCCUGGGAUCGAGAGCAAGGCUGGACUGA